AUGCAUCGAGAGCUGGGAGGAGGCGAUGAGGAAACGACUUUUCGGCGUCAGAGUAUAACCAAUAACAACAACAGCAACAGCGGCUUUGCAUCACCAUCGCGUCCCUUUGUUUCAACGCAUAAUCGCUUCUCUACAACCAUGCCGCAUCGGAUAAAGCGCUUCAUCAGUCAGCGACCUACGGCAAUAUGGUGGACCGUGGUUGCCAUGCUAUUACUGUUUCUUGUCAUGCGUAUGCCUUCAUCGUUACCACGGCCACAGAAGCCCCGUAAGGAGGUGCUAUUUACCCACGACCUAGUUGAAUAUCAAGACACCAGUGAAAUCACGGAUUAUGUACUGCUGGACAGGCUGCUAAAAGGGGAUCAAGACCAUCCGAUUCAGUUCAACCGACAAGAGCGAACGCCACAUUGGGUUAGCAAUACUGGGAAGGCAUCAUUUGCAAAGCAAUUGCAGCAGCAACAUCGACGUGGACAUCGAGUGGAUGAAUUGGAGAAACUUACGCGGGACGUCAAGUUGCCGUAUGUGGAUGAACAAACGAGCACAGUGUCAGUGACAGCGAUUGUGUAUUAUGGCAGCAGUGGACAAGCAUUGGAUGCCCAAUUACAAGCCGUGUUUUCUCAAAGUGUGGUGCCUCAAGAUGUAUGGAUUGUAUGCACACCAGCAACACGAUCCGAGGUGAAGAGCAAAGCUGUUGCCUAUGAGAACAACAAGCGACUUCAUAUCAUGGCAUGGGAUCCUGUUGAAUGGCUACAGAUUGCUGCACGUGCACCUGGCGAGUUCAUUUGGAUCAUUGACCCCCAUAUUGCACCUGGAAAGCGAUACCUCGAGCAUGUUUUACGAUUAGCGCACACCGAUGCUUAUCGAAGCGCGUUGCUCGGCACACAUGCAAUGACGUUUCAUCAACAACCCGAUACCACCCAUUUGGAAUGUGCAGCAGACGUUGUUGAUAAUGGCGUACGACCCACUACGACACAUGCUGUGGAUAUGAUUAGCGACCUUUGGUUAAUACGACGAGCUUGGUUGGCACAUGUCAAGACACCCUUUGCUUUGCAUUAUGAUCCCGAUUUAUUCGGUUAUGCACUUUGCAGGAGUCUACAUACACAUGCUGGUAUCCCAUCAAUCAUGAUCCCAUCCAAUUCACAUGAUGACUCUUUGCGUGUACAACGACUUGCUGGGGGUGAUAUGCAUGCUACAAGAACCCGUUUAUGCCAACAAGUACAACAACAUGUAAGACAAGCACAAAAGGAAGGAACGGCUUGGCAAGAAGAUAUGGUCGCUCCAACUGAGAAUGAUGCAUCAAUUGUCUUUGUGGUGGAUGGCGUACAACAACUUCGGCAAAUCCAAUCGCUAUUAUGUCGCUUCGUACACAACAACCAAAGAACCUUUGAUAUCCAUAUGGCAACAACGGAUAGUUAUCAAGGUUUAUCAGCCACUCACCUCCACGACAAAUUGCAUGAAUAUGAUCCUGAAUGUGCAGCAAGCAUCAUGGUGCAUGAUCUCAAUAUGGGUUACGCGCGUCAUCUUGGUCUAGUGGCAGGAAAGGAUACCACCACUUUUAUGAAUCAGACUCCAUACGAGGUAGCACGACUUGUAUCAGUUUUACAACCACGCCUUGUAAUCCAUUUGACUGGCAAGGGUCCUAUGGCACGAGCUGUGGAGCUUGCACGUGAUCUCAGCAAGACGACAACUAUCAGCUUACCAGCACGUGAUGUCCAACAUGUAUUAUGGGCUGCUGAUUUGCCAUUGCAGGCAUUGGAACAAUGGAACAGCUUUUCAGUGAAGCUUGUGAUUGUGACGGAUCGACGACCGCAUACUCUAGCACGCUUAUUACGUUCAGCUGCCCGUGCACACUACUUUGGUGAUACUGUGGACGUAUCGGUGGUCAUGGAGCAAACAAGUGAUCGUGUGACACAAACAUUCGUGAGUAGUGUACCAUGGCCACAUGGGACAAAGGACGUGCGUCACCGGAUUACACGUGUGAACGAGAUGCCUGUGCACGUUGAAGCUUGGUAUCCAGCAGGGGAUCAUGAGUAUGGCAUAUUGUUGGAUGACACUGUGGAGCUUUCACCACUAUUUUAUGCAUGGGCGAAGUAUGCUAUUCUACGCUAUCGUUAUGCCUCCGACAAUCCCAAGGAUGCUGGUCAAUUAUUGGGCGUCAGCUUAUAUGCUCCAAGAUUAGCUGAAAAUGAUGCAACACAAGGACGGCAGCUUUUUGAUCCAUCUCAAGUAUUGAUGCAUGCAGGAUUAGAUCCAAAGUCAGCAUAUACAAUGCAAGCGGUACCACCAGGACAUUCAGGCACCCUCUAUUUCCCUGAACAUUGGCGAGAGUUCCAUGAUUACAUCAGUGCUCGUGUUGCUGAUAUGAAACGCAAGAAGCUGCAAAAUAUUCAAGUACCCAAUGCGCGUUCAAGUCAAUGGGAGAACUCAUGGCGGCGUUAUAUGGAUGAGCUUUUAUAUAUGCGUGGCUAUGUUAUUCUUUAUCCCAAUAUUCCCAAUGGUGCAAGUUUAUCCACUUUACAUCUCGACCUUGGUUCAAGUCCACUAGCAAGCUAUGCUCAUGCUGCUUCUCUUUUCCGAGUGCCUCUCUUGGGUGAUUCUGAUGAUGAAGCAGUAUUCGAAUUACCACGUUGGCAUCAGCUCCCAGUGCUGGACAUGUGGGGUCAAGUAAGAUCAUUAGAUUCAUUAGUGGAUGUGGGUACACAGCUGCAGCGGCAGGUGUCAGCUUGUACGCCACUCGCGCUUAAUCAGCAUAUGCACGAUCCAUCCGACAUGCUGUGUCCACCCGCUCGGCUUGUUGAAAUACCUGUUCCUGUCGAACAACAAUUACAAAACCCUCAACCUCCUCCGGAUUAUCCUACUCGCACUGUCAUUGUUCCGGCUGAUAGUGGUUCGGAGCCAACAUCUGUUUAG